ACACGGAUAUCCAGCGUCUGCCGGAAGUAAACAAUCCUCAGCUGACGUGGAGCAUACGCCGUCAGACCAAGUCACAGAACAGGAUUUAAACUCACCAGUAACUGCUGCUCUGUCUGCUUUUUUUUCUUUUAAAUAAGUUAAAUGAAGUUUUCUGACUAAUCUCCCAGAAGCUCUGACGACGUUUUCACAAAGCUUCUCAGCGAGGUAAGAUGGCGGCAUCGGAGGAGGCCAGCAGACCGUUCGCCGGACUGUCAGACGUUUCCAUCUCGGAGGACAUCCCGGUGGAAGGGGACAUCUCGGUGCCCGUCGGCCCCUCCAGAAGAGACGAUGAAUUCUCCACUCUGGACGAACCGGUUAAGGACACCAUCAUGAGGGACCUGCGGGCGGUGGGGAACAAGUUCAUCCACGUCCUCUACCCGAAGCGGAGCUCGGCUCUGCUGCGGGACUGGGACCUGUGGGGCCCGCUGCUGCUUUGCGUGACGCUGGCUCUGCUGCUGCAGGGCGGUGCGGCCGACCACGAGGACCAGGGAGGACCGCAGUUCGCUGAGGUCUUCGUCAUCGUGUGGUUUGGCUCCAUCAUCAUCACCCUCAACUCCAAGCUGCUGGGUGGCACCAUCUCUUUCUUCCAGAGCCUGUGCGUGUUGGGAUAUUGCAUCAUGCCUCUUACAGUGGCCAUGGUAGUGUGUAGGAUUGUCCUGGUCAUCAGCUCCGGGAGGGUCGUAUUCGCAGUGCGGCUGGCGGUGGUCACGGCGUCCUUCGGCUGGUCGACUUUCGCGUCCACAGCCUUCCUCGCCGACAGCCAGCCUCCCAACCGCAAGGCACUGGUGGUGUACCCGGUGUUCCUCUUCUACUUUGUGAUUGCGUGGAUGAUCUUGACAUACUCGCCGCAACAGUAGGCGAAAGGUUUUCUUGGAACGUCCACAACCGUAGACAGAUACCAGAAUCUGCCUUUGAACAAAGAUGAAUAACUACUGAACUGACUGUGAGCAAUUCUGAAACAGCAUUUAGACAUGAAGGACACCAAAUUUAGGACUCUUUCUGGAGUAGAGGGGAAUGUUGGGCUGCAGAGUGGAAACGCUGAUGAAUAUGUUCUUCUUUUUCCAGUUUGUCUCGCUGAUGUGUUUAUGUUGUGUAAAAAGAAAAAACGUGUAUGUGGAAAUCCUUCAUGAAUGUUUGGACUACCAGGGCUACAAUGGUUAUUUUUCUUUCUCUCUUGAUCUCUCUGGGUGUGAUCGAAAUCUCCUGUCUUAAGAACAUGGACAGCACACAUUUUCACACUGAAUUAAUUUUUAACAACAUUUAGCUGAUCUGAUUAUGCAGCUUGACUAAUUCCUUCACUAAGUCUUCUUUUAUUUUAUUUUUGUAUUUUGUUGGGUUUUGUCUCAGUGGACAGUGGAGAGUUGACAUGGAUGAUUAUAGGUAGACUGGUUUGAGCUUUUUGUGUGUUUUUUUUCCAUCAAUGUUUCCUCUUUGAAACCGUGCAAAGCAAACUAUAAAAAUGCCAGAUCCGGCUUUAUUACUGACAGUUACAGUCAGUUAAGGAUACAGUUAUUUAACAGUUGAGUAAAAGUGAUAGACGGGGGUUUAUCAGCUAUAAAUAAAGAAACUAUAUGAUAAAAUCUCUGCCCAUAUCUUAGAUUUUUUAGUAGUAAGCAUUUUAUGUGAAACAGGUAUGAUGAUAAGUGUGGAAGACCAUGUAUGGCAAUAGAAAAGAAGUUGUUGUAAAAUAAUUAAUUUACUUGACUCAAAUAAUUCAAGUAAAAAAUUUAAAGAAAUUAUAAAAGAGAAAAAUAUAACCAUUUGAAAUGUAGAGAAUCAUUAUUUCAUCAAUUUUUUCUUAAAAUAUGUUUUUAAUCAGAUUUUAUCUCUUGAAUAAAAAUAUCAAAUUCAAAAUCAUCAGGCAAACAAACUUAAAAAGAAACAACAACCCUGAAUUUUUAAAAUUUUCUGUGUGAUAUUUCAUACAACAUGUGAAUUAGACUUUUAAAUAAUAAUUUCUUUUUUUUUUUUCUUUUUUUAAAAAAUUUUGUACUCUGGAUUUAAAAUUUAAAAUAGAGAUUAGGUCAGGUCACAGGUGCAGAAGUCUAAGGAGAGAUGACAAGCUCACUCUCUUCCCAACCAUCUGCCAGCUCCUACGAUGGAAUACUUCGGCGCUCCCGAAUUAGCUGAGAGAUUUGCUCUCCUCAGCGUGUCGUGUGUCUGUCCUGGGGUAUCCUCCUGGUCGGAUGUACCAUAAACAGCUCACCUAGUCAGGUCCAUAAAUGACCUCAAGUGGCUCAUUUUGAUGUGGAGGAGCAGUGGCUCUACUCUGAACUCCAGGCCUCACUCACCCAACCUUGAAAUGAGAUGAAGAAUAAAAAAUAACCUGUUAAAAAAGAAUAAUCGGCUAAACAUUUUCCAAGUUACAUUUUUUAAUCUAAAUGAUGUGAUAAAGAGACAAAUGUGAAAAAGUUAGAUAAAAAGUUGUACAUUUAUGUUAUUUUGGAGGGAGUUAACUUUUCGAUUUGACUUUUAAUUCUUCAUUUGGACUUUGUUUGAUCUUAGAAUUUGGAUUUUGUUUUUUAAAGGUAAAAAAAAAUAUGAAUAAAGAAAUUAACUUAAAGGUUGAGCUAAUAGCAAAAAUAAGAAAGUUGGUAUUUGGGUUGGUUUGGUCAGCUGGGAUCAAGUAAGUCACAUCUGUGGGAGAACUAGCAGUGAAAGAGAAUUGUAUUAGUUUUACACACCUGACCAACUGCUUCUUCAUUCAUAAGUGUUUUGUUGCAGCAUAUUGAUGAUGGGUCAUAAAUGGAAAAUUUAAGA